AUGGCCAUUGGGCAGCGUCCGGUGCCUUUACGCAACGACCUCAUCACUCAGUUGUGCAGCAUGCGAUUGAUCCAUGCAGUUCUAACUGAGUACGUGUCUCAAGCUAUCAUUCCCUCGUCCUUUGAACAUUGGAGAGAUGUGGCCUCUCAGUCUGUACUUGCUUUCGAGGAGGUUAAUGAUGUCCUGAUAUCGGAACGGUUUUACAAUUUAUCUGCCCCCUCAUGCUUCCAAGUCCUCAGGAAGGCCCUCCCUGAACUCUGGCAGUUGUGGCUUAGCGAUCUGGUGUCGCAAAGCUGGGAUCAAAGGGUGGAGGUCACCGGGAAGUGCGUGGGCGCGAUGACCUGCCGCGUGCUGGCGCCAGAGAUUUUCCACGAAGUCAGGACAAAGUCCCAGCCCGCCUUCCGUGGCAGCUUCACAGAGGCCGGAAAAGAGAUCCGCUCGGAAGAGGAGUACCACGCUGUCCGUAGGGCUGUGUACAGCUGCCCCUUCAAGGCCAUUCGAUGGACGCGGCAGCCACGAAAGCGGCCUUCGACGUCCAGCUUCGUCUACGAGGGCUAUCCCAAGCAAGUCGAGGGCGACGUCUACUACAUGGGGCUUUCGGACAAGACCACCUUCGGCUCCGCGGGAUUUCUGAUUCGCUGCGCUGGAGGCCAGAACGUACUCAUCGACCCCCCCAUCGCACACCCAAAGCUGGUCGAGGCACUGUCGCGCAUGGGCGGCGUGCAGCAUCUGCUCUUCACCCACGUGGACCACACCGCCAACCACGGGGCCUGGCACGAGGCCACGAAGGCCAGGAGGCUGAUGCACCGGGCGGAUGUGGUCCGCACGCACAGCGACUACAGCCCCUUCCCGGUCACGUCGGACUUCGAGACGCUCCUGGAGCUUCGGCCCUUUGAGACGGUCUGCCUUGAUGGCGUGCCGGACCUUCAGAUCAUUGCCACUCCCGGCCAUACCCCAGGCAGCAUCAUGUUCCUGUACAAGGACCGCUUCCUCUUCACCGGGGACUCCCUUGCCUUCUCACCGGCCAAGGGCCACCUUCACGCGCAUCGCAUUCAGACCUUCCAAAGUUGGAAGCUUCAAGAGCAGUCACUCCAGAAGCUCCUUUCCUACGACUUCUGCUGGGUUCUACCGGGGCAUGGCGACUGGAAGAAGUACGAGACUGCUUCUGAGGCGCGGCAGGACUUGCGCAAGUGCCUGGCCUGGAUGUUGCAACAGGCUUCUGGCAAGACCUGGCUGCCACGCUACGUCCUGUGGACGCUGGUGAGGCCGAAGAUAGGCGGCCCUCGUCAGCUUCUUCUCGACAGCCUGAUACUUCCGCAGGGCGCCAAGGACCACUUCCCAAAUUGGACGCUGCCGAGCUGGCUGUUGUCUGCAGCGGUGGUUCUCCCCUGCGCUUGCUUCUUAGCCCUCCGCCUCCAUCGACGCUGA